CAGGGGCGGACUGACCAUUUGGAAACUUGGGCACUGCCCGAGGGCCCUGAGUCAGUAGGGGGCCCCAUGAGAUGCCCCUGGUACCUUUUUCAUAGGCUUUUUUGAGUUUGGGCAAGGACACAGGGGCCCUAUGAUCCCCUAUUGCCCGAGGGCCCCAUAAGUUGUCAGUCCGCCCCUGUUUAGGAGUGUGUCUAUGGGAAUGUUUGACUAUUCUACCAGAAGCGCAUUUGUGAGGUCAGGCACUGUC